AUGAGAGCGAAUCUGACCUGUGAGAUUUGUUUAUUGGACGCGAGUGGGCUGCACUUUGGUGUAGCCAGUUGUAGAGCAUGUGCCGCGUUUUUUCGUCGCUCGGUCGUCCUUAAACUCGUCUAUAAAUGCCAAAAAGAGCACCAUUGUGAUGUGACAAAAAAACAGCGAUUCAGCUGUCGAUGUUGCCGCUUUCAAAAAUGCCUUGAUCGGGGAAUGCGACCUUCCAUGGUUCAACCGAAUUCCCAGGAUAAACUCGACGCCUCGCCUCAAGGAGUGAAUCUUUUAAGUGAAGUGAGCACUCCACCUUCAACAAUUACCACGAUAAUUAGAGAAACAAGCCCAUCAAUUUCGGGGAUUUGUGAAACGAAAUCAAACGAUUCGAACUCAAUCUCGCAAACGGAAAAAAUGGCACUCUACGAGAAACAGAAAUCCCUGAAAAAUCGAGUCAAUUCGAUGUUUGAAUCGUCAGUUCCCCUCACAAACUUCAUUUUGCCGAUCAAGCUGUCUUUGACUCAACAAGCCCUCGUCGCUCUCAAUGAACACAUCCAAAAAUGGCCGCUUUGCACACCGGAACAUAUCCGACCGGGCAGCCCUUUAACUAUGGAAGAACUCACCGGUUUUAUCAACAAAGAAAUCGAAAAUAUUGCCGUUUUUUGUAUGAGUCUUGAUGAUUUCGCACAUUUGGAAAAGGAUCAAAAGUGGAUUGUGUUUAAAAAGUUUUGGAAUAAUUUCUGCGCUCUCGAGCGUUACAAGGCGGCCGUGCGAUGUUUUGGGCGACCAGCAGUCAAUAUUUGGGUCGGCUAUGGGGGACAAUACUACGACUUUCAAAACUACGGCGAGUGGGCAAAUAGACAGCCAGAGCUGAAGAAAAUGAUCGAAUUCAUGAUGCCGUCUUGCAUCAAAGAAAUGGCUCUUCUCGGCAAUCAGCUGAUACGAAUGGAGCCAACCGAUUUUGAGUUGGUUUUCUGCAUGCUGCAAACAAUGUGGAAUCUGAAAAGAGAUCCCGGGAUCACGGAGACCACUCUCGUUGCAGCGGAUGAUGUGAAGAAGAGGCUGGCUCAAGAAGUUCAUGACUAUUACACGAUUCAGAUGAGAAGAUCAAACUAUGCUGCAAGACUCAUGCAAAUGAUGAACAUCAUUGCCUCGUUAGAUGAAAUCGACCAACAACGCAAAGAGGAUCGAACGGUUUGUCGAACGUUUGACCUAUGCAAAGAUGACAUUUUCUAUUAUGAUUUCACUGAG